AUGGAGACCUCGACGUCGCCAGGGAUGGCGGUAUCUGGGCUAAUGCAGCAGCUGAAAAGUGGCGAGAUUUCCAAGAUGCAGCUCUUUCAGCAACUCGCCAAGCUUCAAGCGGGGCCAGGUGCCGGUAUUUCCAGUGCCGUGCCCCCUCCCGUUCCAACAGCGAUGAACAUCAAUCUAACCUCGUCGAUUCAGUCGAAUGGAAACUAUCAAACAUCUUCGUCGAAUCCGGGAGUGGGUGUACCGUCAGCUAUCUCGCCAGUAUUCUCGUUUUCCGUGGCAGGGAAUCAGGCAACCAGUGUUUCAGCUGCGGCAGUGCCUCCGUUUCAUAUGACUCAGACCCCAGUAGCCUCUCCUGCAUUCUCUUUUGGUGGGGCAGUGACGCCCAUGCCGUUCCCUGGACAGGCAAUGCACGGCAAGACUGGAGCUGCACGCCCUUUCAUGUUGCCUCCAGGACCAGACCUCGCUGCAAUGACCUCAAAACCCGGUGCUACCAUCGUUGAGAGUGACGUAGAGUUUCUCUCGACGGGGGUAUCACAUGAUAAGGCAAAGCAGUUUAGUGUACAAGAAUGGAUGGCUAAUAAGUCGAGGACCUCAGCAUCGAGCCAAGUGAGCAACGCUCUACGACUUCAUUAUCAGCAGCAGUCACAUCCACAACCGGCCGAGUUUCAGAUGGCAGACCCGUCGGUCUUCGAUGGUGACCGAUUUGGGGCAGGUGCUCACGCUAAUAGCACAUCCACAUCGUAUCCGCCGCAUUUGGGCACCACAGUACCGGCGUUUGGAGGAGUUGGCGCCAACGUCUCACUGGAACUUAACGGUACCAGUCGGCAGAACUAUGUGCACGCAGCUCAAGAUCACCCCCUAGGACAGGUGCUGCUCGUUGAUGACAGCUUUUGCCUCAAACGCGAGGAUACGAAAGAAGAGCAGCAAUAUCUCGACUUCACCGAGCAGUUCCGGGAUGAUCUUGAUGACGAGCACAUUCCAAAUGCAAGUGGCAACAAUGGAGGAAAAGGUGGAGGCAAUAACAAUAUCGAUGACAAAUUUCAUGCGCGAGUAACUCGCUGGAAGUCUCAGAAAGAUGCUAUUCGGGAGCAAAUGAAGCAGCAGCUACUGCAGUCAGAACUCGACGAGUGCACGUUUGCGCCGAAGAUCAACCCUAAGUCCACGAAAGUCGCUGCAAAGUUGCGUGGACGACAGUCAUCUGGUGGCUUAAACCAAGGGCUAAGCGUCCUGCAAGCUGUCUCUGAACGACUAUACCAGGAAGCAGACAACUACAGAAUUCGAGAAGAGCUAGCAACAAAGCUGAAGGCCGACGAGGAAGCAGAGAUCGAUCGUCAGUGCACCUUCAAGCCAAAGAUCAACCCCAGUGACAAAGUCAAGGCAAAGUACAUGGAGGCCAGGCCAACAUCUUCGCCGUCAAUGACAGCAGCAUCGCGUGAAGCCGCUGCGAAGGAGCUGGCUGAAUGCACCUUCUAUCCGAAAGUGAACGGCAUUAGAUCCGAGAUGGUCUCAGCACAGCUUUACUUACAACAGAACAUUUACGAGCGAUUAAGCAAGCCGUGUUGCGACGCAGAAGAUGGAAAAUCUCCAGCUAGAAGCCGCAGUGGGAGAAGGAGAAGUUUAUCCUUGUUUGGUGAUGACGACGAAGACAGGGACAUGCUGGAUGCUACUUCUCCUCGAUCUUGCCAAGACGAUAUUUCUGUACGGCCCGGCGGCAAAAGUCGACGUCGAUCAUCGUCAGGUGCACAACGCGGACAAGGACCGCGAUCAGUGGACGGUGGUGAUCAAACCCAGGAGAGCAAAGAAGAGCGUGCUCGACAGUUCAAGAACUUCAUCGAGCGACAGGAAUUCCAUGAGCAAGCACGACACAAGCGGAUUGAACAAACCAAACAACAGCUUACACCUGGCUACAAGCCGACGAUCAAUAAGAAGUCUCUUGCCAUGAUGGAAAAUGGCCGUAAGGGUGACUUCCUUGAGCGCAUUUCCUCAUACGCGUUGCGUAAAGAGCAUGACAACGUUAAGAAGAAGACCGUGCGAUCGACGGACCCGAACUGCACAUUUAAACCGGCGAUCAAUCAGGCAAGUACCAAGCGAAAGCCCCGAUCCAUCACCGAAUUAAGUCGAGGGGAUUUGCUGCGACGAGAGACGACUCAGCGGCUUAUGAAGCUGAAGAUGGAGCAAGAGGAGAUGGCAUCACUAACCUUCCGGCCGCAAUUGAACCGCAAGUCGGAGCGAUAUGAAGGUCGGCUAAAGAUCCUUUCCGACCCCGACUCGUAUCUGCAGCGUAUUCAGCAACAGAGCCAAGCACACACCACCAAACAGCGUCGAGCCAUCCAGGAAAAAGAAAUCGGGGAGUUCGCUGAGUGCACGUUCAAGCCUCGCACGAUCGAAGCUCCGGCAUACGUGCAACGCAUAGCUAGAAGUGUCUCGCUCACCAAGGCACUGCGAGCACAGCAACAAGCUGCAGCUCGAGCGAAGGAAAAACCCGAGUGGAAGUAG